AUGCUUAAUAAACUUCUGAAUGGCAUAAUCCCCCCAUUUAACUUUAUUUUGGAGCCAUUAUCUCCUUGUUAUGUACUAUGA